AUGGUCUUUCUCUCUCGUUCCUUCACCCGUCUUCUCUUCGUCUCUCCUGGGUAUAAGGGGGUAUAUGCCGGCAAAACCCCCUUCUUCUUUGUGAGAUUCUUCGCCUUCUUCAACUUGCUACAUUUUCCCUCCAGAUCCGAGACCAAGAAUACAGACAUUCGCUGCCAUAUUCCCCUCUAG